UUAAAAGCAAACAGUCUUACACAAUUUCCUCCUCUCUUAAGUACUUUGCACAUGCACUGCGCUCACUGGUAGCUGCUUUACCACAAAGCAUCCCGAAAAGGUCACUUUCAUUGUGUGCCCCACCAGGAUAAUGAACUGCAAAAAGUGCAACAUGUGGACUAUGGCUCUUCAGCUGCUCUUCAUUGGUGUAAAUGUGCAGAUUGUCACAUCUUGUAAAAUAUAUGGCCUUGUAGCAGCUUGCCACGGACAAAGUCUUCAGUGGGUACCUUCUCUGCCUCCAAACAUCACCCACCUCUACUUGGAGAGGAACAGAAUUCCUGAGAUUAACAAAACGUCACUCCAAAAUCUGGAGCAGCUGCUCGAGUUGGAUCUUGGGAAGCAGUUUGUGCCGCUCAUGAUAAGGAACGACGCCUUCCUCAGGCAGACUCAGUUGGUUCGCUUGGUUCUGGGCGACAAUAUUGGCCUUCAACUGGAGCCGCAAGCAUUUGCAGGGAUGAUCAGUUUAAAGCACCUCUUCAUGGACCACUGCUCCUUGACAGACUCCAUAUUGGCACACAACUACCUCGAGCAACUAUUGUCCUUAGAAGAGCUUAAUCUUUUUGGUAAUUUACUACAAAGACUAAAACCUGGACUUUUCUUUAAAAACCUUUCAAAGUUGAAACAGAUAAACCUCAUGUUAAAUAAGAUUGAACAACUAUGUGAAGAAGAUCUCAUUGGUUUCAGGGGGAAGUAUUUCACACACUUCAAUUUAGACUCCAAUCACUUGUACAAAAUGGCCACUCUCGACUUCGAUUGGGAAAGAUGUGGAAACCCUUUUCGAGGAAUGGCCUUCAAUAUCCUUGAUUUAUCAACCAAUGGGUUCAAUGUGACCACAACCAAACUGUUUCUCAAAGCAAUGCGGGCUACUCCAAUCGAUCAUCUCAUAUUCCACGGACACUUGGGGAAAGGUUUCUCACAUGACAACCUACCAGAUCCAGACAGGCACACAUUUGAAGGUCUUGCGAACAGCACAUUAAGGAUUUUUGAUGUGUCUAAAAACAGAAUAUUUGCCUUGCAGAGAGCUGUUUUCAGUCCUCUGCGCAAUGUGAUAAUAAUUGAUGUCUCGCAAAACAAAAUCAACCAAAUUAACGGCCAGGCCUUUAGUGGUAUGCAGGGAAAUUUAAGAUUGCUCAACUUGUCAUUUAACAUUCUAGGAGAAGUAUAUUCACACACAUUUAGCAGUCUGACAGAACUUUGGGUUUUGGAUUUGUCUUUUAAUAACAUUGGUGUGCUGGGUGAUCAAGCUUUUGAACGUCUUCCUAAACUACAAGAGUUAUAUAUGACAGGAAACUCCUUGCGGAUUUUGGGUAAUCCCGCAUCAUUGCCCAACCUAAAAUUUCUCCUUCUAGGUGACAAUCGUUUAGUUGAUUUAUACAAUAUAGGUAAACUAAGCAUCAACCCUAUUCAUGUGGACGUGACAAAUAACCGAUUAACAAACCUUGAGGAUGUUUAUCUCAUUUUAACCAACUUAAAGCAGCUUCAGAAAUUAUUUUUCGGUGGUAAUUUUAUUAAGUGGUGCACACUCGGUCAGAAUAUCUCAAUUCCUCUUAAUCACAGUUUACAAGUGCUGGAUCUUCAUGAUAGCUCCCUGCAGUUGAUUUGGGCUAAGGGGACAUGCCUUGAUGUGUUUAAUCACCUCGACAAUCUGGUCGGUCUAAAUUUAAGCUUAAACUCCCUCGUGAGUCUCCCACACGGCAUUUUCCACGGUCUCAGCUCUAUCGUUGUUAUUGACCUGUCAUCCAAUGCCCUGACCUAUCUGCAGCCAAAUGUUUUUCCCAACAGCCUUAGGAACCUUGACCUUUCCAACAACUUCUUAGCCAAUCCAGAUCCCAUGACCUUUAAUUCCCUCCUGCUCCUCAGCCUUUCGGGAAAUCGCUUUCACUGUGAUUGCCAUCUCGAGAGCUUCCUGAAGUGGAUGAAUGUGACCAACGUAACCUUCUACAGUCCAGUUGAGGAUUAUCGAUGCGAAUUUCCGGCUGUUUACUAUGACCUUCCGCUGCUCAACUAUUCCCGGAUCAUUGAACCGUGUGAGGUUGAUGAUGAGCUGGCGGUCCAAGACCUUAAGUUUGUGCUGUUCAUCUUCUCUGCCCUCCUCAUCUUCACCGUCACACUCUGUGGGAUCGCUUACGCUCGUCUCCGUGGAUGCAUUUACAUUACUUACAAAAAAUUUGUCGGUAGAGUUCUCGAGGGUCCCAAAGCCCCGCCUUGUUUGGAGGACGACCAGUAUGACGCCUACCUGUGUUUCAGCAACAUGGACUACAGGUGGGUGGAGGCUGCUUUACUGAAGAAGCUGGACAACAAGUUCUCUGAAGAGAACAUCCUACACUGUUGCUUCGAAGCCAGAGACUUCCUGCCCGGUGAGGACCACCUUUCCAAUAUCAGAGAUGCCAUCUGGGGGAGCAAAAAGACUGUGUGUGUUGUCUCCAAGGAGUUCCUUAAAGAUGGCUGGUGCUUGGAGGCAUUCACCUUGGCUCAGGGCCGCAUGCUGAAUGAGCUCAAAAAUGUUCUGAUCAUGUUGGUGGUCGGGAAGGUUGCUCACUACCAGCUGAUGAAGUACAACGCAGUUCGAGCGUUCGUCCAGAGGAGAGAGUACCUCAUCUGGCCAGAGGACCCUCAGGAUCUGGAGUGGUUUUAUGAGCGCCUCGUCUCUCAGAUACUCAAAGACACUGAGGUGAAGAAGUUGGACGAGGACGCGCCAAAGCCUUACAUUCCACCUGAAAACGACAUCCAGCUUGAGGACAUGCAAGCACAGAAGUGUCUUGUCAACAAGGACGUCUGAAUGGAAAAAGCACACCUGCUUUGGGGAAGUGGUGACAGCCUCUUUAUUAAAACAUUAACAGUAAGAAAACAGGUGGUACAGAAAGGCAGGGUUCAUUUUUGUUUUGUUUUUGUCUUUAUAGCAACUGAAAUACAAAUUUGAAAAAGCUAAUGUUAAAGAAACUUAAAGGUAGUCCCGGUCAAGUCUCGACUGUGCACAGUACUACUACUCUGAGGACACCUGAUCCCGUCUGAUCUUGGAAAGGCCCGUAACAGUUUGGGUCCACAAAUAGGGGGCUGGCGGGCCGGAUGCGGCCCAGGGGUUGCCUAUAGAGUAGCCGUCCUACUUUAUGAAGCAGGAGUACUCUAUAGGUGAGUAGUAGUAUGGCCGUAAGCCACACUUCACUUCGCACAACCCGCAGUUGGCCAGUCCAUUCGUUGUGGAUGUGAGGCUAUGAAGUGGGAAUUGAAGAAUGUUUAUGGUUGGGUUGGCACGUGUAGAUCGUGACUUGUCUCCAUGCCAACGAUACAUAGACAGCCUGUAGAAAAGGCCUCAAAGUCAUUCAUCAUUAGGGGAAUAAAAUGAUCAUUGACUGUAUUGUAUCUAAUUUCGGUUCCUUUAGGGUUUCUAACUUUUGCAUUCAUUUGCAUAUUUGUCUUUGGAGCGGUCGCAUUCACGUGACGUCACGGUGGCUGGAACCAGAGGGUACGACUCAGUCUGUACUGUGGAUCCCCGAUGAUACAUUUGGUUUGGCUGUGUGCGGGAAUCACAACCUGAGUAGCGACACACAAGUAUACUUCAAGUGCCUUCAGCAUUAGCCAUUACUUGUCGAAGCGGGAUGCAUCCUCAGUGUUUUACGUGACGUUAAUGACUGAAAGCUACCAUGUAUGGAUCCUUAUGUCAGCUAUUCCUCUACCAGAAGUGGUCUGCUUUGUUUUUCAGGAUAAGAGCAAAAGAAGUGUGCUAUUUUAGCUAUGUAAAUGUUGCUAACUUAACAGCGUUUUUUGAUAUGUUGCAAGUGUACUCAUUUGAUUAUUAUUUAUCCAAUGUUACUUACCAAUCUAUAUUUGGUAUAUUUCCUUCCUUCUUGUGGUUCUUUGUAUUUAUAUUUAAAAUGAAACAUUUUCUUAACCCCUUCCUGAUAUAUGUUUUCAAUUCAUGACAGGGCUUAAGAUCUGUUUUGAUUUUCAUUUUUUAAAAAUGAUUUUAUUAUAGUUCCUAUUUUUGAUCUGCUUUGAAUAUUACAGUAUUAUUGAAUGUGGCCUGACUGAUAAUAAAUCUCUGGCCUUUCAUAUUUUGUAUUCGAGUACCCAUAGCGUGCAGUUUUUUUAUUUUUAUUUUUUUUUAGUUCAUGUUUUUGUUCCUCUAUGGACUGUUCAUUUUCAUAUUUUGGAAUAAAAUGACUGUUAUACAAAACAUUUUGCGAUACAAUUUCAAUACUAUCCAAGCAAAAUGAUUGCAC